AUGGCUUCAUCAGCACCAACUUCUCCAAUUAUUGCAAACUUAUUGUCAGCAACAAACAACAACAACGACAACACCACUGAAAGCAAACAACAAGAGCAGCAACGUACAACCAAUGCAAAGAGGUAUCGUCGCCUGUCAUCGAUGUCAAGCAACUACAAUGACUACCCAUCCACAAGUGCCUCCAGUUCUAUUCGUAAUAACGCCAAUACCAAUAACUACACAGCAUCACCUAUAAAUACGACAACGUCGAACAAUUCCUCUAGUUCACUAGAUUCAGGAGCUUAUACCACCACAUCAGAGGAGGAAGAAGAGGAAGAAGGAGACGAAGGCGAGGAGAGAAAUACUACAGCACAUGCUAAUGACGACACAUCUUCUACAUCAACAAGCAGAACGAAAAAACUCAAAGUUGACACCAAAAACUUUGGAUCUAAGACAGCUUCUGGUCAUUCACGUAUAUUUAAUUGUAAAUUGUGUCAACGAGCAUUCACUAGGGAAGAACAUUUAACGAGACAUGUUCAAUCCACCCAUAAUAAAUUGAAACCAUUCGUAUGUGGCAUAUGUACCAGACCUUUUUCAAGACGAGAUUUAUUACUUCGACAUGCUAAAAACUUGCAUGAUGGUAGUGAAAAAGCCAUAUGUCGGAUACGGAGAUCUUACAAGAAUAAAAGAAACGAUGAGAAGGUGAAGCUUUAUGUGGAUCGUGGUGGUCUUCUCGGCACUGGUCCUGGUCUUCUUGGUGGUGAAGGUAACAACAAUUCAAGACUCGAUGGAGUCAAUGAAUCUGCUAGAUAUGGUUCAAUAAGUGACGAAACUGAAGGAUCAGAAGAGGAUGAAAUGGAAAAGGAGGAACAUAUUUAUACAAACAGAAAAGUACUACCCUUGUCCAGUAGCAACGAUAACCGUCAUCACACAGCAACUUCACCCACGUCGAAUGGACUAGGAUCACCUAUUGAUGAAUCACCAGAAACAAAACGAUUAAAAAUGUCAGUCAACAUGUUAGUUAGUUAG